CACAAUUGCCUUUGCACGUCUCCAGGCCCGGCUACUUAUUGAACGCUAUUUAGUGGAGCAUCGUGACGAGUACAAUUCAAUAUGAUGCAUCCAGCGCGUCAAGCAUAUGUGGAGGAGUCGCAUGAGGAUGCAGACAAUGGGGUGGAUUUGGCCAACAUUCCCGUCGACCGGGAUUAUAUUAUGCCAUCAACCUCUGCUGGUGUAGCACCCGAAAAGGCCUCUGCUAUUCUCUCUCAAUUCGAUCGACGAAGGCGAGCUGCUCAGAUCGCUGUACCAACGGACGACGGACGUGUGCGCGCUCGUCUCCGGGAAAUCGGAGAACCCGUCACUCUCUUCGGCGAGGGUCCGGCUGAGCGAAGAGAUCGUCUACGUGAGCUUUUAAUGCAACAAGCUGAACAACGGGGCGAAAUUGAUGCAGAAGGGGAUACGCGCAUGGAAGAAGAGGAAGAGGAGGAAGAAGCCGGGAUAGAGAAUGAGGAGUUCUACACCGAAGGCAUUCCUGAGCUCCUUGCUGCUCGCAGAGAUAUUGCCAGGUAUUCGCUACCGCGGACGAAAAGCCGGAUAGAAACCCAAAAGAUAGAGUCGACGAUAUCACUAAGAACGCACAUUAAGCAUCGUCGAGCGAUCAAGGACAAGCUUCAGGGAUUUGAUUUGUUUGGUUCCCAAAUAGCAGGCGACAGGCCAGUAAGCAUUGCACGAUUUUCUCCAAAUGGAGAAACCAUUGCGGCGGGGAAUUGGGGAGGCGGAAUCAAGAUCCUCGAUGUUCCAAACCUAGAUGAGAAACGGGUUUUGCGAGGGCAUAAGGACCGUGUCGGUGGAAUAAGUUGGUAUCCGGGGGCGACUCUUCCAGGCACAACAGUUUCCGAAAAUUCUGUCAACUUGGCCUCCAGCGGAGGCGAGGGCGAUAUCCACUUGUGGUCCCUUAGCCAGGAUACCCCAGUUGGGACAUUGUCUGGACAUACUGGUAGAGUUUGUCGGGUGGAUUUCCACCCUUCUGGGCGCUAUCUUGCAUCCGCAUCUUACGAUACGACAUGGCGAUUAUGGGACGUCAAUACAACAACCGAACUCCUGUUACAAGAAGGUCAUUCUCGCGAGGUUUACACAGUAAGCUUUAAUACCGAUGGCUCGCUCUUGGCCAGUGCAGGUCUUGAUAGUAUUGGGCGCAUCUGGGACUUGCGCACUGGCAGGACUAUCAUGAUAUUGGAUGGUCACAGUCGCGAAAUAUAUGGCCUUGACUGGUCGCCGGAUGGUUAUCGUGUUCUUUCGGGCUCAGGCGAUGGCUGGGCAAAGUGCUGGGACGUGCGUAUGGUUAGGCCCACCGGAGGUGUGGGCGCGCAUACUGGAGUGGUGUCCGAUUUGCGGUGGUUCAAAGGAACAGACAGCCCUGGUUCGGGACAACCUUUGGAAAGGGAUGAGCGUGGGGAUGUGAAGCCAAAAAAGUCAGGGACCUUUUUUGUUUCGAGUGGUUUCGACAAGAAUGUUAAUAUCUAUUCCGCUGAUGAUUGGGCGCACGUCAAAACGCUCAGCGGCCAUUCUGGAAAUGUCUUGAGCGUCGAUAUUACGUCGAAUGGAAAAUGGAUAGCAAGCAGCGGUCAUGACCGGACUGUCAAACUUUGGGGUCGGGAUGACGGAGAGGGAAUUUAAUCGGUUCAGAAGGAGCCGUUACCAGCAUUCUUGGAGUCUGGGGGCUACUGUUUUUCUUGUAAUAUAUGGCGCAGCAUAGGGGGCGGUCUUUCUCAAUAUUUCAAGUUCCUAGAUGCAUUCCAUGAGCUCUCAAAACAAUUCAAUCGAGAUUGCCGUUCGAUAUUUGGAGCGCGGGCUUGGUCAUGCAACGCAAAC